AUGAUGGAUAAAGCAACAAAACUCAAGGAGAAACUAUACUUCCCUAGAGUUUUUGUUAAUGUAUCCAUAGAUGAGGAAUUACCAGCUGUUACGCAAUUUGAAGAUGAGAUGAACGGGAUUGUGGAAGUGAGGAUAGGAUAUGAAUGGAAACCAGAUAGAUGCAAGCACUGUCAAUGCAUGGGCCACAAAUUUGAAGAAUGUCGUAAACAGAAACCAAGGAACUAUCAAUGGAUUGUCAAAAAGGAGGAAGAAAAGAAAAUACUAACUGAAAAGAUGAAGGAUCCUGAUGAUUUUCAAUUGGUAACCAAAGGGGUCAAACACAAGGAAAAGAACAAGGAAAACCAUAAGGGCACAAUCUUAACCAAUGCAUUAUAG